AUGAAUGUCCCACUUAAAGAAUCAGCUAAUCAAGCUCAGGGAGAAGAUGGUGUGUAUGAUUUUUCCAUGUCCCUAGUUCCUUUUGAGCCAAACAAACAAGAUGUGGUUAAUGAGUUUAAGGAUGAUUCAUAUUUCCCUGCACCAAAAGAAACUAAUACAAUGCAAGAAAUUACAGUUGAUAUUAAUUGCCAGAAUCAUAGGGAAAUACUAGAUGAUUUUGAGCAUUUUAGUAGUGAUGGAUAUCAGAAUAUGGGUGAGUUUGAAAGAGAGGUUGAAGUUGAAGAAGAACGGGAUGAAGAAGAUGAACAAGGGCAUGCAGAUGAUUCAGAAGAGCAUACAGAAGAAGAUGAUGAUUCUGAAUACAUUGUUGACCCAGAAGCUAUUUUAGAUGACUGGGAUGUUGAUAUGAGAGAGUUUAACAGCUGUGUGGAUGAGAGAGCAGUGGGUGGAUCAAGUCAAGGUGGUGUGGGUCGAUCAAGUAAAGAUGUAGUUGGUGGAACAAGUCAAGGUUCAGUGGGUGGAUCAAGUGAAGAUGUAAUGGGUGGGUUAAGAGCAAAGAAGAUGGACAAGGGAAAAAAAUCCUCAAGUAGGACCUAA